AUGGAGUUGGGCAACAUUGUGCAGUUUCUUGAGAACAGGGCCAUUCUUGUGACUGGUGCAACCGGUUUCCUUGCAAAAAUUUUCACUGAGAAAAUACUCAGAGUUCAACCAAAUGUGAGGAAGCUCUAUCUUCUUCUAAGAGCUGCAGACAGCAAAUCGGCCUUGCAGCGUUUCAACAGUGAGAUAAUAGCAAAGGACUUGUUCAGGGUUCUGAAGGAGAAAUGUGGUACAGAUCUGAAUACCCUUAUUGCACAAAAGAUUACAGUUGUGGCUGGUGAUAUCACCUGUGAUAACUUGGGAGUAAAGGACUUGAAUUUGGUUGAAGAGAUGUGGAGAGAAGUAGAUGUUGUUGUUAACCUAGCUGCAACAACCAACUUUGAUGAAAGAUAUGAUGUAUCCCUGGGAAUUAAUACAAUGGGAGCUAAGCAUGUAUUGAACUUUGCAAAGAAAUGUGCCAAAUUGAAGGUUCUUCUCCAUGUAUCAACUGCUUAUGUAUCUGGUGAAAAAGAGGGACUGAUGUUGGAGACCCCCUAUAACAUGGGAGAGACCCUGAACGGGACAUCUGGGCUAGACGUUGAAGUAGAGAAGAAAUUUUUGGAAGAAAAGUUGAAAGAGCUCCGAGCUGAGAACAAUUCUGAACAAUCUAUUACAUUAGCCAUGAAGGAUCUUGGAAUUCAAAGAGCAAGAAAAUUUGGAUGGCCAAACACCUACGUAUUUACCAAGGCAAUGGGAGAGAUGCUACUUGGCCAUCUGAAAGGAAAUACCCCUCUUGUCAUUGUUCGACCUACAAUCAUUACCAGUACUUUCAAAGAGCCUUUCCCUGGUUGGGUUGAAGGUGUAAGGACAAUUGAUAGCCUCACUGUUGGAUAUGCUAAAGGGAGAAUAACUUGCUUCCUAGGCGACCCCAGGACCAUAGUAGACGCGAUCCCAGCUGACAUGGUGGUGAAUGCUAUGAUGGUGGCUAUGAUGGCUCAUGCAAAUCAACCCAGUGAAAUGACCAUUUAUCAAGUAGGAUCUUCUUUAUCAAACCCUCUUCACUACUCCAGUCUUCAAAACUAUGGCCUCAAUUACUUCUCCAAGCAUCCAUGGAUUGACAAAGCCGGGAACCCCGUAAAAGUUGGGAAAAUCACAGUUCUCAGAACCAUGUCAAGCUUCCGCAGAUACUUGGCAAUUCGUUAUUUGCUUCCCCUAAAGGGAUUACAAAUCGUGAAUGUUGCACUUUGCCAAUAUUUUGGAGGCUUGUACCAUGAUCUUCAUCGAAAAAUCAAGUUCGUAAACCGUAUGAUUGAACUCUAUGGACCUUACCUGUUCUUUAAGGGAAUUUAUGAUGACUUGAACACAGAAAAACUGCGUCGUGCUGCAAGAGAGUGCGAUCCUGAGAAUUUGUUCUACUUUGAUCCCAAAAGUAUUAACUGGGAAGAUUAUUUCAUGAACACCCACAUUCCUGGAGUGGUGAAAUACGUAUUCAAGUGAUCAAGUUCCAUUUGAUUAUUAUUUGUUGAAGGCAGCUUCACAUUCAAGAAUCAAAAGUGUUUUAUAUUUUUAUCCUUCUGGAUAACG